AUGGCCGUGACCAAACUUCUCACGGACUCGUCCUCGGGAACUGACGCUGUCAUCGGUGUUGAAGUUCACCAUCGCGCCAAUUCCAGUACCAGUGCUAGCAACCCACCUCCAAGAACCCAGGAUGCAAAGUUCACCAUUCGCGCCAAAGCCGUCAUUCUCGCAGCCGGGGGCUUCGAAGCAAACCCUCAACUCCGAGCACAAUAUCUCGGACCCGGUUGGGACGCAGCACGAGUCCGGGGAACACCCUAUAACACCGGUGAUCUACUCCAGAUAGCGCAGCGAGACGUUGCCGCAAAGGCCGUCGGUAAUUGGUCCGGGUGUCACAGUGUAGCCUGGGACGCCGAUGCGCCUGCUCACGGCGGAGACCGGGGUGUAUCGAACGAGUUCACGAAAUCGGGAUAUCCGCUUGGGAUAAUGGUGAAUCGGGACGGAGAAAGAUUCGUCGAUGAAGGGUCCGAUAUGCGCAAUUACACGUAUGCGAUGAUUGGGCGGCGGAUUCUGGCGCAGCCGGGUCAGGUUGCGUUUCAGGUUUGGGAUGCGCGGACGACGGGGUGGUUACGGGAGGAGGAGUAUAGGGCUUCUGUGACGAAACAUUUGGUUGGGAAUAGUGUUGAGGAAUUGGCGGAUCGGUGUGUGGAGGCUGGAUUGACUGGUCGAGAAAGGUUUCUGGAUACCCUGGCUGAAUAUAAUGCUGCGGUUAAACCGGGGAAGAAGUGGGAUCCUGCUGUUAAGGAUGGGGUUAGUACAACGGGUUUGGUCGUGCCGAAGUCGAAUUGGGCGUUGCCGAUUGAUCAGGCGCCGUUUUUAGCUGUGAAAGUGACUUCUGGUAUUACUUUUACCUUUGGGGGACUGGCUGUUAAUCCGGAGACGGCGGCUGUGGUUUCGGAGACGACAGGGCGGGAGGUGCCUGGGCUGUAUUGUGUUGGGGAGAUGCUUGGUGGUCUUUUCCAUGAUAAUUAUCCCGGAGGAAGCGGGUUGACUUCGGGUGCUGUGUUUGGACGACGGGCUGGACGAGCUGCGGCGAUGAGUCUUGGGACAGCCAGGGCUGUUAGUAGGCUAUAA